AUGUUUAUUCUGUUUGGAUGGUUAGUUAUGGCCUCGUCAGUAUUGUGUUUCUCAUGCGAGAUAAUUUCUACAGACUGUUCCAAGAGCAUCAUAAGAUACACAACCACACAUCCAACCACACACUUCUUGGCCAUUGAGUAUCCUUCAAAUGUCAUACCACACCUUAUAUCCAUGCCUGUAUAUAGAAUAGUAGAGAAGAAAUCUUCAACCAUUGUUAUCUUCUGCCUGAAGGGAAAGAGAGUGCUUGACAUUCUCUGGGAAAAGAAUCUAUGUAGAGUGUGGGAGUGCUCGCCCUAUAUUGAUGAAGGCGUUGUGAUCAAAGCCGUCGGAGUCAUCGAAGGUAAGGCCGUGUGGGGGAACAGGGUUGUAGACUGGAUUGUGAUUCCCGACUUCACUGUGCAGUUUGUGGCCUUCAAUAGCUUUGGAAUACUCCUUACAUUUAUAAUGAAAACAUACUGCCGUCCAGAAAACAUUUUCUGGAAGCCAAGGAAAAACAUCAGGAAUUAA